CGGGAGCAGCUCGGGGCGGCGGCGGCGGGCUCGGCUCGGCUCGGCUCGGCGGGAGGAUGGAGAUGAUAAGGCGGUUAACGCUAGAGCUGCGCAACAAGAAGCCCGGCGAGGUGAAGGAGCUGGUCCUUGACAACUGUCUCUCAGACAAUGGGAAGGUCAUUGGGCUCUCCUCAGACUUCGAGAACCUCGAGUUCCUCAGCAUGAUCAGUGUCCAACUGAUGUCCAUCUCCAACCUCCCCAAACUCAACAAGCUCCGGAAGCUGGAGCUGAGUGAUAACAGGAUUUCUGGUGGCCUUGAAGUUCUAGCAGAGAGAACUCCCAACCUGACACACUUGAAUCUAAGUGGCAACAGGAUCAAAGACAUCAAUACCCUGGAGCCCUUGAAAAAGCUGCCGAACCUCCGCAGUUUGGACCUCUUCAACUGCGAGGUGACGAAGCUCAUCAACUACCGGGAGAGCGUCUUCACCCUUCUGCCCCAGCUCUCCUACCUAGAUGGGUUUGAUGCUGAUGACCAGGAAGCCCCUGACUCAGAACCUGAAGCAGAUGGGGAUGGAGUGGAAGAUGAGUAUGAGAAUGGGGAAGAAGGUGAGGAAGAGAAUGAUGAUUAUGAGGAAGAUGAUUUGGAUGAAGAAGUCAUUGAUGAUGAAGACGAUGAUGAUGAUGAUCUGGAAGGUGAAGAGGAGGAGGAUGGAUUAGAUGAUGAGGAGGAAGAUGAGGAUGAAGAUGGUGAGGACGAUGAAGAAGAUGAAGCUGAUGAUGACCUCCCACGAGGGGAAAAGAGAAAACGAAAUCUAGAGGAUGAAGGAGAGGAAGACCCAGAAGAUGAAGAGGAUGAUGAGGAUGACUGAUUCGAGGGAGCCAAGCAGUUUUACAGACUCUGACUGUGCUUUGUCUUAACCUCCCCGUUGUGUCUAUGUGAGACUGUAAACCCCCAUUCUCCUCUUCCUCCUCCUCCUCUUCCUCCUCCUCCUCCCCCCUUUGUAUGGCUGCAGCCUCCACAAUAUAUUUUUUUAAGAUGUAGAAUACUGUAGGCAUUCAGGGGAAAUCUUCCA